CCAAAGGGCAUGGGCACUCACCAAAGGCAGGGCAAGAGAGCGGGAGAGGAUGGAGCCGGAGCGGCGGUGAUGGGAUGGUGCUGCUGGAGAGUGAGCAGUUCCCUACAGAGCUGACCAGGCUCUUCCAGAAACGCUGGUUGUUGAGCAGCGCGUAUGUCACCUUGAAAAAGUAUGAUGAUCAAACUAAACGCAUUAGAAAGAAAGGUACUGUGGAGGGCUUUGAGCCUUCAGACAACAAGUGUCUGUUAAAAGCUACUGAUGGGAAAAAGAAGAUCAACACUGUGAUGAGCUCUAAAGAGGUGAAUAAGUUUCAGAUGGUAUAUUCAAACCUAUUGACAGCUAACAUGGAUGGGCUGAAGAAAAGGGAGGAAAAGAGCAAGAGUAAGAAGAGCAAAGCAGCACAGUGAAGGGCACUGAAUUUCCUGCUUUCACCAACCACUUGAUUGCUAUUUU